AUGGCACGUCGUAUGAAUUUAUUAAAUAUAGAAAAAAAUAUUCAGAAUUUAUGGAAAGAGCAUAAUAUAUAUGAAAAAGAUUUUGUUGAUAACAAUGAACAAAAAUUUACAGGGAAUUUUCCUUAUCCUUAUAUGAAUGGAUUAUUACACAUAGGUCAUGCUUUUACUUUAAGUAAAUUAGAUUUUUUAGUUAGAUAUAAAAAUAUGAUAUGUGAUAAUGUGUUACUACCUUUCUCAUUUCAUUGUACUGGUACACCAAUUGUUGUAUGUGCUGAUAAAAUAAAGAAUGAGACAAGAAAUAUGAUAAAAAAUGAAAUAGAAAAAAAUGAAAUAACAAGUAAUGAAGAAAAAAAAAAAGAUGAUGGAGAAAAUAAUAAAAAGAAUGUAGAUGUGACUGUGUUUCGAUCAAAUAAAAGUAAAGCUCAAUCAAAAGAUUCGAAGCAGACUACUCAAUGUGAAAUUAUGAAACAAAUGGAUAUAAAGGAUGAAGAAAUCCAUUUAUUUCAAAACCCAGAACAUUGGUGUUAUUACUUUUCUUCUAAAGCUAAAGAACACUUAAAUUCGUUUGGCCUCUGUUGCGAUUGGAGAAGAUCAUUUAUUACUACUAAUAUUAAUCCUUAUUAUGAUAAGUUUGUUAAUUGGCAAUUUAAUAGAUUAUAUAAAAAAAAUCUUAUAUAUUAUGGUAGUAGAAUUACUAUAUUUAGUAGAGUUAACAACCAAGCUUGUGCUGAUCACGAAAGAUCAGAAGGAGAGGGAGUAAAAUGCCAGGAGUAUACAUUAAUUAAAAUAUAUGUUCAUGAUAAUAAAGAAUUUUUUGACAUUUUUAUGAAGAAUUUAAAUUUUACUACUACAUUUGAUGAAAAAGAAGAAUAUUUAAAAAAUCAAAUUUUUGAUGAAAAAUUUUUUGAAAAAAAAAAGAUUAUUUUAUUAGGAAGCACUCUAAAACCAGAAACAGCUUAUGGUCAGAAUUACACUUUUAUAAACCCAAAUGAAUAUUAUUAUGUAACUUUUGGAUUUGACAAACAAAUGCUACAUUAUGGAAACAAAAAUUACGUAAAUAAUAUAUUAAGCAAGGAAGGAAUAAUAAAAAGAUGUGAAAAUAUUUAUAUUUGUUCGGAGAAUAGUUUAUAUAAUUUGGCCUAUCAAGGAAUAAUUCCAUUAUUGUUAAAUGAGAGCAAAUGUACAAACGAAAAUAACAACAAUAAUAAUAAGUUUGAUAAAUUGAAUAAUUUUAGUGAUAUUUUUAUUUUAAACAAAUUAAAAGGAGAACAUCUUGUUGGUUUAAGAACAUACACUAAUUUAUCCAAAAUAAAAAAUUUAUAUAUUUUGCCAAUGACUACUAUUAAAAUGAAUAUAUCUACUGCUAUUGUUCCAUGCGUGUCAAGUGAUAGUACAGAUGAUUAUGCAUGCUUAGAAGAUAUAAAAAAAAAAAAAAAUUAUUAUUGUGAAAAAUACAACUUAAAAGAAGAAUAUUUAAACAAUGAAAGUUUUUCGUGUGUAGAAUUACCAGAUAUUGGAACGAAUAGUGGAAAAUACUUUUAUGAAUUAGAAAAAAUUUCUUCUUAUAAGGAUGCAAAAUUACAAAAAAUCAAAGAAGUUUUAUAUAAAAAGCAGUAUUUUGAAGGAAUAAUGAAAGUGGAACCUUACUAUGGUAUGAAAACAUUCAACUGUAGAAAAUUAGCAAAGCAACAUAUUAUUAAAAACAAUGAAGGGUUUUUAUAUAACGAACCUGAAGUUUUAGUAAUAGAUAGAAAUAAUGUUAAAUGUAUUGCAGCACUAUGUAAUCAAUGGUAUAUUAAUUAUGGAAAUUUGGAAUUUAAAAAAGACGUUUUAAUACAAUUAAAAAAGAGUAAUUUUCAAACAUAUAAUGAUGUUUUAUAUAAGCAAUUACAACAUGUUAUUUUUUGGCUAGAUGAUUGGUCAUGUAGUAGAUCAUACGGAUUAGGUACAUAUAUGCCUGAUUUUAAUAAUUCCAAAAAAAAUUAUGCAAAUGAUGAAUCUCUCGAAAAAAAAAAAAAUAGUGAAGAAAUAGAAGUUGAAAAGAUAAAUCAAAACAUUAGGGAAAAUAAUGUAAAUGAAAUGAAACAUACUUCAAAUAUCCCAAAUGAAGAAAAUACAAAAGAAAAAGAAUUAAUUGAAAGUUUGUCUGACUCAACUAUAUAUAUGGCUUACUACACUAUAAGUCAUUUUUUACAAGGAAGUGUAGACGGAAAAACUAGGGGUUCAUUGGAUAUUGAUGUAAGUGAUAUAAAUGAUGAAUUUUUCGAUUACGUUUUUGAUAUUAGUGAUGAUACAAGUAAAAUAAGUAAAAAUAUAAGCAAAGAAAAAUUACUUAAAAUGAGAAGAGAAUUUCAAUAUUGGUAUCCAUUUGAUAUAAGAAUAUCAGGAAAGGAUUUGAUUUUCAAUCAUUUAACUAUGGCUUUAUUCAAUCAUGUAGCUGUAUGGGGGAAAAAAGUAUAUAAUACAAAUAAAGAAUAUUUAGAAGAAAAAAGUAUAUUAGAUAGACAAAAUGAAAUAUUAAAUGAAAUAGAACAAUUGAAUUUAGAUAAUUAUGAAACUAUCAAAUAUUUUCCUAAAUCAUUUUUUUGCAAUGGGCAUGUUUUAAUUAAUAAAGAAAAAAUGUCUAAAAGUAAAGGAAAUUUUAUAACAAUUGAAAAAAGUAUAUCUUUAUAUACAAGUGAUGGUACGCGAAUUGCUUUAGCUGAUGCAGGUGAUUCAAUAGAAGAUUCUAAUUUUAACACAGAUACGGCAAAUAGCGCUAUCAUGAAAUUAUAUAAUUUAAUAAAUUUUUGUAUAGAAACAAAAAAUAAUGUAUAUAUAUUUAGAUGUGGGGAAAAAACAUUUAAUGAUUUAAUAUUUGAAAAUGAAAUAAAUUACUUGACCAAUAAAUGUAAAGAAUCAUAUGAAAAAUUAUUAUUUAGGGAUGUAUUAAAAUAUGGAUUCUAUGAUAUGCUUUUAAAAAGAGAUACGUACAGAAUUAUGUGUGAUAAAAUUCAUAUGCAUAAAGAAACUGUUAAUUUUUUUAUUGAAAGAAUAUGUAUCAUUAUUAACCCAAUUAUACCACAUGUAACUGAACAUAUAUGGACAUAUAUCUUAAAAAAAGAAAAGUUCUUGAUAAAACAAAAAUGGCCAUCUAAUGAUAAUACAAAUUUUUCUAUUGUUAUGCACAAACAAUAUAAUAAUUUAUUAAAUGUUGUAGAAAACUUUCGAAAAUCUUAUGAUAAAGUUAUCAAUAAAAGUAAUAAGCAAAAAAAAAAUAAUCAGAAUGAUUCCAAUGAAAAAAAUAAUAUUAAAAAUAAAAUGAAUGAAAUAAAAUGUAAUAAUUUAAAUGACAUAGAAAAGAAUAAAAACACAAAAAGAAAUGAUGUUGAAAAUGAUAUGAUUGAAAACAAUGAAGAAAAUUAUAAAGAAGAUGAAGAAGAAGGUUUGAAAUUCAAAGCAAUAGUUUAUGUUGCAAGAGAAUAUAAUGAUACACAAAAAAAAAUUAUUGAAAUUUUAAAUAAUAUUAUAAACAGUAGUGAAGACAAAAAAUUACCAGCAAAUUAUAUAAAUUUACUUGUACAAAAUGAAUAUGUCAAUAAUCUACCAAAAAAUGAAAAGAAGGAUAUUUUAAGUUUUGCUACAUUUUUGGUUAAAGACAAUGUCACAUUAAAUAAUAAUCAAUAUGAAUUAACUCUUCCAUAUGAUGAAAUUCAAUUAAUAAAAAAGAACGUAGAUUUUAUUAAAAGAAGUUUACAUUUAGGAGAUAUUCAAGUUUUAGAAAACACCAAAAAGUGUGAAAUUGAUAGUACAGAUAUUCAUAAAUUAGCAAACCCUGGAAAUCCAUCUAUUUUUAUACAUAAAAUCGAAACAUAA